AUGCCUUCCGCCCUGAUGCUCCUCAUCUUCUUCGCCACCAUCAUCGUCGUUACCGCCCAUGUACACUUCGACCGAGAGUCGGAGUACGACAACUUCAUGAGGAUCAUCGCGGACCAGAACCAGAAAGAUGAAAAGGAAAGGCUGCGCAAGUACAUCUUCAAGCCGAACAAGCCAGAUCCCCGCUACCACUCUGACCGGCACGGACGUCACUUCAUCACGUGCUACUCGUUCAACACCACGUUGAACGAGAAGGGAAUCAACCGCCGUUGCUACCGUCGGAGUGCCAAUCUUCAUGCCGUCUGCCACUUCACCGUCGACUACUCGGGACAAAACUAUGCCCAGGACUGCUUUGAUAUGCCCGUGGAGAGCGACGACGUCUGCACUGAGAAGUGCAACGUCGUCCGGAAGGUGACCCCAUACGAGGGAAACCCAGGAUUGUUCAAGGCAGUUGGCCACUGUUGCUGCACAACCGACAAUUGCAACAGGGAUGAGAAGACUAUUCUGAAGGAGGAACUCCAACGCCGCGGAAAAUGGCCAAUCAACUGGGCCGACUACACCACUCAUGCCCCAUCUCUUGCACUCAAGGAAAUCCAAGCCCAAUCCGAUGCCAUUGCUGAUGCCGAAGCCGAGAUCGCCGCCGAACCAGAGAGCCGCUCCAACUUCAUGUCCAGCUUCAACUUCCUCUAA